GGACAUGGCCUGCACGACGUCCUGGACGCAGCGCGCCGCCCUGCUGCUGCCCGUGCUGCUGCUGGUGCUGCUGGUCUGCGACGCCGCCAGCGCGGCCGUCGUCCGGGGGCAGCGCACGCACGCCGCCAACGACGAGGCCUACACCGGCUCGCUCAACGCGCUGAACCCGCUGGCCCUCCUGGUGCUCCGCGCCAUGGCCUCGGAUGACGCUGCCGCCCCCGCUGCCGUCUUGGACCCCAUGGCGAGCAAUGACGACAUGGCCGGACUGGAGGCCGCCGUGUCCUCGGCCAGGGCGUCGCCGAGCAGGGCGUUUACGGCCUUGGCGGCAGCGGCCCCGGACGGCGACAUGGGCGACACGGCUUUCCUCCGCACGGCCAAGCGGCAGGUCCGCUACCACCAGUGCUACUUCAACCCCAUCUCCUGCUUCGGGUAGGCCGUAGACCGGGCCGACUUCGCGGACGUCGAGCUCGUGCUAGCACGGCCGGCCGAGGGGGCACGCGGCUCCACCUAGGCCGCGGCGAGGCGUAGUUCACCAAGUAGAUGCAGGCGUUGGUGGUGUGGACUCUGGGGGUGAUCGGUUCCCCUGACUAGUGGACUAGGGGAAGUGUGAGCGGCGCUACUCAUACCAGUGUGCUCAGUGCUUCACCGAGAAAACUAACGUGCACCAUGCCACACGUGUGGUGCGGACAGGGAGUUGAUCGCGUUUCGUGGCGCCCGCACUAGAAAAUGCGGUCUCUCUCUGUCCGCAUCACCGAACGGAAUUCGCCACGUUUGUUUUGCCAGUGUUACCGCAGCUUCAAAUUCAAACGUCCAGUCCAACCAUUCAAACUGUAGCGCCCCAACGCGCAUUUCAACGCCGAGCGCUGCCGGGGAUCCGGGGUUUCCGGCGACAAGUUUGACGCUGUGGUCUUGGGAGUUGUGCGCCGCCAAACGGGUUUCAUAUGGUGUUGUGAUUUCCUUGUCUGCCUUCAUCCAAAUUAACAUGUAACCCUCAAACCUGUUCAUCUGAAAUAAAUAAACUAAAUUUUGAUA